AUGGGAGAUGAAGAUUGGGAAGCAGAAAUAAUCAACCCUCAUAUGUCUUCCUAUGUUCCUGUAUUUGAGAAGGAUAGGUAUUCUUCUGGAGCAAAUGGAGACACUUUUAACAGGACUCUGGCUUCAUCAUCAGAAAUGGGUGAUGGAUCGCCUCAAAGAGAUCAUUUCAUGAGAAGUGGAUUUGCCUCUGGGAGGAGUUUGGGAAACAGAGAUCCUGGUGAGUCUAAUAAAAGAGAGAAUACAUCCACAGUGGGUGAUUUUGGAGUUGGAAAGAGUUUUGGAAACAGAGGUUUUUCAAAUAACAAGUUUGAAGAAUGUGAUAGCUCUGGUUUCUGGAGAGAGUCUAGUAAUGACUGUGAAGAUAAUCAAACACGGAACAGAGGGUUUUCCAAGAGAGGCGGUUAUCAAGACGGCAAUGAUUCAGAAGCUUCAGGAUCAUCCAGAAGAGGUGGAAGAGGUAGUUUCCGAGGUUGCCGUGGAGGAUUUGGUCUAGGAAGUCCAAAUAUUCAUGAACAAGAUGAGGGGACCCAGCGCUCUGGUGGCAUUUUUGGUUCUAGAAGAUCAGCAUUAAGUGGUGCAGGUAAUGGUGACACUUUCCAAAGCAGAAGUGGUAGUGGAAGUGGACGAGGUGGUUACAAAGGUUUAAAUGAAGAAGUAAUUACCGGCUCUGGAAAGAAUUCUUGGAAGUCAGAAGCUGAAAGAGGAGAAGGUGGUGACACUCAGGGACCAAAAGUGACCUACAUACCACCUCCUCCACCUGAAGAUGAGGACUCCAUCUUUGCACAUUAUCAGACAGGCAUAAACUUUGACAAAUAUGAUACUAUUCUUGUAGAAAUAUCUGGACAUGAUCCACCACCAGCAAUUCUGACUUUUGAAGAAGCUAAUCUUUGUCAGACACUGAAGAGCAACAUUGCUAAAGCUGGUUAUACUAAGCUUACUCCUGUGCAAAAACACAGUAUUCCUAUUAUACUAGGCGGACGAGAUUUGAUGGCUUGUGCUCAGACAGGCUCUGGAAAGACUGCAGCUUUUCUCUUGCCAAUCUUGACUCAUAUGAUGCGUGAUGGAAUAACUGCCAGUCGUUUUAAAGAACUGCAGGAACCAGAGUGUAUUAUUGUAGCACCAACUCGAGAGUUGAUCAAUCAGAUCUAUUUGGAAGCCAGAAAAUUUUCUUUUGGGACUUGCGUAAGAGCAGUUGUCACAUAUGGGGGAACCCAGUUGGGGCAUUCAAUUCGACAAAUAGUACAAGGCUGUAAUAUAUUAUGUGCUACUCCUGGGAGACUGAUGGAUAUCAUAGGCAAAGAAAAGAUUGGUCUCAGACAAGUCAAAUACUUAGUUUUGGAUGAAGCUGAUCGCAUGCUGGAUAUGGGUUUUGGACCAGAGAUGAAAAAGUUAAUUUCCUGCCCGGGAAUGCCGUCAAAGGAACAGCGUCAGACCCUUAUGUUCAGUGCAACUUUUCCAGAAGAAAUUCAAAGGUUGGCUGGGGAGUUUUUAAAGUCGAAUUAUUUGUUUGUUGCUGUUGGACAAGUGGGUGGAGCAUGUAGAGAUGUUCAGCAGACCAUUCUUCAAGUUGGCCAGUACUCAAAAAGAGAAAAACUUGUUGAAAUUCUACGAAACAUAGGUGAUGAAAGAACUAUGGUCUUUGUUGAAACUAAGAAAAAAGCAGAUUUUAUUGCCACUUUUCUUUGUCAAGAAAAAAUAUCAACAACAAGUAUUCAUGGUGAUCGUGAACAGAGGGAAAGAGAGCAAGCUCUUGGAGAUUUCCGCUGUGGAAAGUGCCCCGUUCUUGUUGCUACUUCAGUAGCUGCACGAGGGCUGGAUAUUGAAAAUGUUCAGCAUGUUAUUAAUUUUGAUCUUCCUUCUGCCAUUGAUGAAUAUGUUCAUCGAAUUGGGCGUACUGGUCGUUGUGGAAAUACUGGCAGAGCUAUUUCCUUUUUUGAUCUGGAAUCAGAUAGCCAUUUAGCACAGCCUCUAGUGAAAGUGCUAUCAGAUGCUCAACAGGAUGUUCCUGCCUGGUUAGAAGAAAUUGCCUUUAGUACAUAUGGUCCUGGCUUCAGUGGUGGUACAAGAGGAAAUGUGUUUGCAUCAGUUGAUACUAGAAAGAAUUACUACAGCAAGAGCUCUUUGAACACAGCAGGGUUUUCUUCAUUGCAAGCUCCUAAUCCAGUAGAUGAUGAGUCAUGGGAUUAA